GUACACAACAGGGAGUACGUUGAAUAUGUUGUAAAUCUUUUGGGACUUAAUGUUGCAUUUUACAGACUCAAAUUGCACCAUUGUUCUCUGUAGUAUAUGUGAUAUAACCGAUUUUCGAAACAGAAUAUUUUGCGUGUUUGUUCAGUAACUUAUUUAAAAUUUAUACUUAACCAGUGACCCACAUUCUCCGGAAUCGUUUUCAUAGAAGGCAGACAUGUAUUUAUUUGGAUUUAUUAUUUGCUUCAUUAAAAUAGCAAGUUUGGCAAAUGCAUGUCUUGAGUUUAAGUUCUCCCGAGAAAUAUCAGCCUCCGAUUCUGUUCAGGUGAUAUCUAACUAUACAGGAUCUUCUAAAGAAGAACUGUUUGGUUUGUGUGUUCCACGAUGUUCAUCGGAUAUGGCUUGUAACGCUUUUGAUAUUUGCGUUGAGAAUUUACAGUGCAGAACAAUCAGGGGAUGGACUCCGAUUCUUCCUGGGAACGCGUCUGCAGGUCUGUGUCAACGUCACCAAAUGGAAUGUGACGAUGGAUAUUAUUACAACAGAGAAAAAGAGACAUGUAACUCUCACGAGUAUUGUGAUUUCGAAGAUGACCCAGAAUCCUCCUGCUUUCUUUCGGAAUCGACCGCUGAUGAAUUUGACUGGACACGUCAGACGGGUUCGACGACUUCGGUUGCCACAGGUCCUACGUCAGCUGCCAGUGGUCAAUACUAUAAGUACAUUGAAACUUCAGCAGUUGUUCAACACGAAAGAGCGAUACUAGAAACCACCAAGACAUUUCAAGAUAAAACGUACUGCCUGACUAUGUACUACCAUAUGUAUGGAGAUACAACAGAAAGUCUCUUCAUACGAACAAAGAAAGGGAAUGAUGCUCCCAUCACGCGCUGGCAGAAGUCUGGUAACCAAGGCAAUAGCUGGUACCAGUUAUCGGGAGUCAACCUCACUCUAGACUCUCAGACCAAGAUAUUAAUUGAGGCAACAAAGGGAUCAUCCUAUACCGGAGACAUCGCCAUUGAUUAUGUGGAGCUUUGGCCGUUUGCUUGUCCGUGAUCUUAACAUUCUUGAUGUCAUUAUACAAUUUGUCUUGGGACUUUCUGUAUUUAUACACCUGGUUACUCAUUAUGUAUGUUAAAGAUGUUGUGUCGUCAGUAAACGGUGCAAGCUAACAGAAAUACUUCAAAUAGAAUUCUGAGAAGAAAGAAUCGAUAAAGAGACAAUGAAAAAUGUUACCUUUUCAUCAUGAAAAAUAAUCAGCAUUUAAUUAUCUAAAUUUUCUAUAACAAAUACCUUGACGAUUUGUUAAUGAUGAAUUUUAUGUAUUUGCUGAUUAUAAAUUUUAUAUUUCAUUGUCACCUACAUAUAUAAAGAAUCAUAAUUCUCAACUGCAAAAGACUACUGAGUUAAAGUUUGUUUUCUUUCGUCAUGUCAUAUCGAUGUUCAUGACAUUAUACUUUACAUGUCCCCAAGGGUUCAGAAUUGCUUUAAUAAAUCGUACUUUCAUUCUUGUACAGUUUGUUAAUGAAUUACAAUGAGUGAUAUCCAGAAGCUUUUGAAAUUGGUUUAUUCUGUAAAUAGAUCCAAUCUUCUUCACUACUUGCAAAUUUGAUUUCUCUUAGUAUCAUUUCAAAAUCUUUUUAUGUUAUGAAACGUACUUGAGGAUGAAUUUAAGCUUUUUCUGUAACAUUGUUAUACAAACUUGUUGUUCAAUGUAUCUUUUAAACCCAAAGUAUAAACAUACACUGCAUACUCCCUCAAAUAAAAGUAAAAUGUGUGAA